AUUUAAGUCAAUGUAAACUUCUUUUUAUUCUCUGAUUUCAUGAACAUUAAAAUUGGAUGAUCAUCUGUCAUUGUCAGAGACUUGCAUGACUAGCUAUUGUUGAGUCAGGGUACUUAGAUUCAUAACAUUUUCUGUAGUUUAAAACAGUAUACUGUAUAAUGGAGUAAAAAGCUUAUGUUGGGAGAUCCAAAAUACUGUGAGACACGAUGCCUGCACGUCGUCGUCCCAGGGAACAGCCAAGAACUCCAAGGCCCCGCCCAGUGACCCAGUCAGCUAGUCAAAAUACAGAAGAAUCUGAUUCUCUUGCAUGGUUCAAGCCAAUAUUUCUGACGUUAGGCAUAGGUAUUGGACUGAUGUUAACACUGGUACAACACUACAAAUUAGAUUCAAGUAGUGGCGAUGUGGCUGAUCUUGAGUGGUGGCAACUUUCUGUAGUCUACCAAAUCUACCCUAGAUCUUUUCAAGACUCAGAUGGUGAUGGGAUCGGAGAUUUAAAAGGAAUAAAAUCCCGCCUUGGCUAUAUAGAAUAUCUAGGCGUUGGUGCGAUAUGGUUAAGUCCAAUAUACAGCUCUCCUAUGGCAGACUUUGGAUAUGAUAUUGCUGACUUUAAGGAUAUUGAUCCAAUCUUUGGUAACAUGGAGGAUUUCCAGAAUAUGAUAGAGGCAGCACAUUCAAAAGGUAUUAAAGUUAUAAUGGACUACAUUCCCAAUCACUCCAGUGAUAAACAUCCCUGGUUUGAAGCAAGCAGACAGAGUAAAUCCACUCCAUUUAGAGAUUACUACAUAUGGCAUCCUGGCAAGAAGCUUUCCAAUGGUAAAAGAGCCCCUCCAAAUAAUUGGCUCAGUGUGUUUGGGGGCUCAGCCUGGGAAUGGCACCCUGUUACAGAGGAAUACUACUUACACCAGUUUCUUAAAGAACAGCCAGAUCUUAACUGGCGAAAUGAAAAUUUGCGCCAAGAAAUGCUGGAUGUAUUUAAAUUCUGGCUUGACAAAGGUGUGGAUGGAUUCCGUGUUGAUGCAAUAAAACACAUGUACGAGACAGAACAUAUAGAGUUGGAUGAACCAUUGAGUAACAUCCCUGGGACAACUCCAGAUCAGUAUGAGUCUUUGGACCAUAUCCAUACUGCAAAUGGCCCAGAAAUUCAUGAACAAGUAGCUCUGUGGAGGCAGCUGUUUGAUGAACAUCAGGCAAAAACAGGGAAAUACAUCUACAUGGUGGUAGAAAUGUAUGACAACAAUGUAACCAAGAUAAUGGAUUACUAUAAUUCUGGGGCUGACCAACCAUUUAACUUUGGUUUGACCCCUCCAAGGGGUCUUUCUAAUAACUGUGGGGGUCUUUGUGUGAAGGGUUUGGUCAAUGACUGGCUUACAGCAAUGCCAAAGGGAGCCUGGCCAAAUUGGGUGGUGGGUAACCAUGACCAGAAGAGGAUCAGCACUAGGAUUGGUCCUGGGUUUACAGAUGCUGUCAACAUGAUGCUUUUGCUGCUUCCAGGUACACCUACUACAUAUUACGGAGAAGAAAUAGGGAUGGAAGAUAUUACUGUGGCAUUUGAAGAUACUUUGGAUCCUUUUGGCAAACUCUUUGGACCAGGCCGCUACAUGGAGUUUUGUCGUGACCCAGCAAGAUCUCCUAUGCAAUGGGACGACACAAAACAGGCAGGGUUUUCAACAGCAGAUAAAACAUGGCUGCCAGUUCAUCCAGGCCACGUCACUAGAAAUGUAAAGGUUCAGCAAAAUGACACAAGUGAAACCUCAAGCCUGCAAGUUUAUCGUCACUUAGUCAAACUUCGUAAAAAUGAUGUGUUCAGAGUCGGGAACUUCCAUUAUGCUGUGGUCACAGAGACAAUAUUUUCAUUUGUAAGACACAUAGAAAACCAGCCAUCAUUUUUAGUUGCUAUUAACUUUGGACAUAAAACUACUAGAACUGAUUUCUUUGAGGGAACGCAAAUGUGGCUUCCGGAAGAUGGACAAAUCGUCUUGACAACAGGGCAUCUAAAAGACGAGGAUUUGGUGAUUGAUCAAACUGUAGAUUUACAAAAUAUUUCGUUGGAAUCAGGAGAAGGAAUCGUCAUUGAAUUCUGGCGAAAAUGA